AACAAAGUCAUUUAUUAGCACACAAUGGAAGAAAAUCCGAAAUCGCGAGCAACCUCAACAUCACGAAGGAACGUCACCACUUGAAAGAUUAGGAACUGGGCUUGUAUCGCAAUUUCGUCUUGAUCCAAUGCACCUUCUAUAUAUUGGUGUGUUUAAAAGAUUACUUCAUUUUUGGUUGUUUGUGGUUGGAGCAUGGAAACUGCAUGGAGAUAUUAUUAAUCUUAUAUCUGAAGUUUUUGUGUUUCUUAAAGAAUUCUGUCCCCAAGAUUUUAAUCGAAAGCCAAGAUCUCUAAACGAUUUUAAACUAUUCAAGGCCACUGAAUUUCGUCGCAUACUUUUAUAUGACGGCAUCGUUGCUUUCAAGAAUUUAAUUCAUCAUAAUAUCUAUAAACAUUUUCUUCUUCUACACAGCGCUGCAUACAUUUUGUCUAGUUCUACUCUUAUUCGCACUCAUCUUCACUUUGCUGAGCAAUUCAUCAGAACUUUUAUCUCUCAUUCAGUAGUUAUUUAUGGAAAGAGUUUUGUAGUGUAUAAUGUGCACUCACUCAGUCACUUAAGUAAGGAAUGUCAAGAGCAUGGUACUAUGGAUAAUUUUAGUGCCUUUCGUUAUGAAAAUCGUCUAAAGUCAAUUAAAGAUUCCCUGAUGUCAUGCUAUAAACCGUUGCAGCAGAUAGCUAGACGUGAUCUAGGAAAGGAAAAAAUUAAAAUUAUUCUGGAUUCUAAGCCUAAUCAGUUUGUACUCUCUUUAAAACACUUUAUUGCAAAUGAAAUUAUUCGUGGCUCACAAUAUCGUAAAGUUAUCAUUGAUAAUAUAUGCUUCAGAAUAGGUACAAAGAACUCUUGUUUUAAAACAUCAAAUGAUAAUGUUGUUUUGCUAAAAAAUAUUGUUUAUAGACAUCGAACUCUAUUUUUUGUUGGUUGUAAGUUUCAAAAACAGGAAGACUUUUAUACAUAUCCACUUCCCUCUUCUGAACUAGGCAUUAUCUGUGUUUUUCAGCUUGAGGAGAGGAGAAUAGCAUAUCCUCUCAAUGAUAUAGAAUGCAAGUGCUACUUGAUUCCAAAUCAAGAAACUUGGUUGUGUGUGCCGUUACUUCACACUAUUCCCUUAAUGAAAAAAUUUGUUGUAUUAAAAUUUUUGCCAACAAAUAAGGAUUCAGAUACAUAUUUUGAUGUUGGUUUAAGAAAGUGGAUUUGCACAGAUCUUGAUGAUGAAAUGUGCGGAAAAACAUAUUGGCCCCCUAAUUCAAACUCUGUAACACAACUAGUAAAAACCGAAGAAUCUUUUAAAACUAAUUGGCCAAAACACGAUGUGGAAGUGAAGAGAUUUUACAAUACUUAUCCAAAAGCCCGUGCAGCUAUUUCUGGAUUCCUUGCUGAUUCUAAUUAUGAAACUGAGAUAGAGCAAUACAUGGGUCGAGGGAAAAGGAGGAAAAAGAGUCGACAAAUUACAUCAUCAGACAGUGAUUCUAAUUCUAAUGUCUCAUUAAAAUUAACGACGAAAAUUAUUCCUGCUCCUCCUCCUGUGUUUCUCAAGAAAGCUUUCUCCAACACUCAACACUGUGAUAGUGAUUCAAAUUCCAAUACUUCUUCAAAACUGAUGAAGAGGAAUGUUUCUGCUUCCUCUACUAUUAAGUUAAGUGAGGUUGAAAAACUUCAAGAAGAAAAGUUUGAAGAAACAAACGUAAAUAAAAGGGUAAAAACAAAAAGGCCAUUCUCUAAACAUUCUAACGUGAACUUGACAGGAAAAGAAAUUCAAAUAGCAAAAGAAAUUGCGGCCUCGAAAAUGAAAAGGCCAGAAUUAUUAACCUCAUUAAGCAAGACUAUAAAAAGUCCAUUAAAACCUGUGUCAUCAUCUGUGUCAAUAUCUUCUCCAACUUCUUUCAAUUCACUGUUUACAAAUAGUCCUGCUAAUUCUGAUACAAGUGUUGUUCAAGAAGAAGAAAAUCUUUUUUCAAAUGUACAAUCACCGAUGCAAAAUACAAUACCUGAAGACAAUUUGUUUAUUCAUCCAACUUCAACGCAAGAUUCUAUGACAACCGAUAAUUUUAAUCGUAAUUCUAAGAACAUCAGCAGUGACUCAAACUGCGAACAUUCAUCAAAAUUAUCUAAUUCAAGCACUUCCCAUCGUACAUACGGACGAACAACAUUUAAAGAGCAGUUGCAUAAGAACAAAGAGGAGACAUUAAGCUUAUUCAAAACGAAACUUGACAGAACACUUGUUAUAGUAGAAGAAGUUUCUGGAAAGCUAGAUAUUCUCAACAUGAACAUGAGCAAGCUCAUGAGAGUUAUAAUACCUUCAGAAAAGAGAAUUUCGCGUCCUGAAAAAAUGCCAGCAUUACCGCUUAACACAAAACAAGAUUUAGAAGAAUUUAACAAAUUCUUGGAAGCGGAUCAUAAUUUAGCUGCUGCUUGUCAUUACAUGUCUAAUUAUAUGAUGUUAAGCGUGAAGAAUCCCGAAAGGAAAAGCGCAACAAAUAUGCUAACAAAAUUACUCUCUAAUACACUGGCAAGUGAAAUAAAUUGUGACGGAGGUAAUGGGAAAAUUGCUUUCAAAUCGCUUAAACUUUAUGAUUUGUUUCAAGGAACUCUUCAAAUAACUUUUUCGAAUAGUGAUCUUACUGAAGCAAAUGCAGCUUUGGCUGGGUGGUUAAAAGAUGCAAAAUGGCGCAAGCAGUGUGACGGCAGUUUGGGAAAUAGGAAGAAAAAAUCUUAA